AUGAGUAAGAAAGCUGAUCUCGGGCCUUCCAUGGUUCGCGACCAUCACUCAAAGCCAUUGGAAGAUGGGAGCUCUUACUGUAAGAUGCCAGUUGCCACCGCUGAACAAAUAACUAUAGCUGCGAUAGUUGCAAAGCCCAUCAAUGAUGAACGACAAAGACAGCAGCUCCAAGAACUUACGAGAUGCUCUGAAGAGAGAGCUUUUAUCGCUCUACAUGAUGCUUCUGGUGACAUCGAUAAGGCUGUGGAAUUUCUACUGGAGGGACAUGAGGAUACGUGGUUUAGUACAAGCAAAAGAGCCAAAGUAAAAUCGACUCAAAAGCAGUCAGGCGUGGAGGCUGGUAUUGAUCGAAGGCGGAUUAAGAAUCAAAGUGGAUCUAUUCGCAGGCGAGAAAAUGUGGCAAGUCUAGAUGCCACAGAAGCACCAACCAGGCCAUUAAGAUCGGACAGGAUCAAAACUAACCAGUUUACUGGUCGUGGAAAGUCUCAGUCGCAAAAUUCCAGUAUCCUGGAUAAUGGAGACCCCUCCGCUUUUCGACUUUCAGGUUGGGACCCAGCUUCUGACUAUGGGGAAUGGACUGGUGAAGCAAUUGAAAUAAUUAAUUCGAAUGCUUCGAUUGCCUUGAAUCUCAACGAUGCCCGCGGAAGUUGUCUUGAUUUGGUAAAUGGUGGUGAAACUCUUAACUCCGAGAACGCGUAA